CAGUAGUGCCACUUCCAAGAUGGCUGCCGGAGAGGUUUGGCGACCCGGAAGGUUUUUUUUGGCGAGUUGAAGAAAAUGGCGUGGACUUGCUGUCCCCGUGUUUGGGUUAGACGGGAGUUAUGGUGUAGUGGAACUCGGUCACGUAGAUCUACCUUGUAUAUACAACAAAGAAAUGGAUUCAGAAGACCAGCACAGAAGAGUGAUUUCCAAAGGCCUAACUCAGGAACCAGUACCAAACCACAGAGAAGUGGUUUGUCUCCUCCGGUAGAGAAUGUAGUCUUUCCCACACCUUCCCAUUCAGUGAAGAAGCUUGUGAAGCCAUUCUUCUUCACAGUUGGGUUUUCAGGCUGUGCUUUCGGCUCAGCGGCUAUUUGGCAAUAUGAAACUCUCAAAGCAAAGUUCCAGAAGUAUUUUGAAAACACUCAAACAGAAUGGUUGGAUAGGAUGAAACUACGUACAGGGCUGGAAGUCAGAAGAGAGAUUAACCUGUGGUGGAAGUCACUGAGUGAAGGGCAACGUGCUGUCUCAGGCAUUAUAGCAGCAAAUGUCUUAGUAUUCUGCUUAUGGCGGGUACCUGCUAUGCAGCGGACAAUGGUCACAUAUUUUACAUCGAAUCCAGCUUCUCGAGUUUUGUGCUUUCCCAUGGUGCUGUCUACCUUUAGCCAUUUCUCAUUUCUGCACAUGGCAGCCAACAUGUAUGUUCUGUGGAGCUUUUCAACCAGUAUAGUCUCUCUUCUGGGACGUGAGCAGUUCAUGGCAGUAUAUUUCUCUGCUGGUGUUGUUUCCACAUUUGUAAGUUAUGUCUGCAAAGUAGCCACAGGGAGGUUUGGACCAUCACUUGGAGCUUCGGGCGCUAUAAUGACCAUCCUUGCAGCUGUAUGUACAAAGAUGCCAGAAGCCAAGCUCGCUAUAAUAUUUCUUCCAAUGUUCACAUUUACAGCUGGAAAUGCUCUAAAAGCCAUUAUUGCAAUGGACAGUGCAGGACUUGUUUUUGGUUGGAAGUUUUUUGAUCAUGCUGCUCACCUUGGGGGAGCUCUGUUUGGCAUGUGGUAUGUAACAUAUGGAAAUGAACUUAUUUGGAAGAACAGAGAACCACUAGUGAAGGCUUGGCAUAACAUAAGGACUGGGAGUUCAAAGAAGUGAGUCACGGAUGCUGAAUUUUAGAAGAUGCUGAAACAGCCGCAGCGUACUACUGAAAGUGGACUAGUUAUUGUGCUGCCACCCAAUAUUAGGGGUUGGGAUCUUUAGUUUCUAAUGUGGCAGCCCACACUUGAAAAUAAUUGCAUUUGGUAGUAAAUGUGGCAGAACUGAAACAAUAAAGAUUUACCUUAUUGCUUUAUGAAGUGAGCCGAUUAUCAUUUUCUGGACUAUUUUGGAGUUCCCUUGCUUGGAUCAAUGGCCCAGUGGUUUAAUUUUAUUUUUUAUCACAAGAUAAAACAGUUGUAAAUAAUAAUCAUAUUAGUGUCAAACUUGCAGAGCAAUUGUAACAUUACAAAACAUGGCAUCUCGUGACUGCAAAUGGGCAUAUUGAAUUACUGGCAUACAGUGCUAAAAAGAAUUUUUCUAGACACACCUUUGUUAUGAAAGAAUUCUGGUUCAUGUUUUAUUGUUUUCCUCAUCCUCGUCUUACUCUUCUGCAUGGUGUGUGUUUGACUUGAGUAGUGGCUUCUGUACUAUAACUUAUAGCCACACAUUUAUAAAGGCCUAAUGUGGGCUG